AAACCGCAAAGCUAAUUACCUUAUCAUUCGAAUAACAUGUGAUCAACAGUCGCUAAAAUGCUGCGUAGCCAAACAAAACUGUUGGACUUGGGCAGGCGCCAAUUACCGGGCCUCUGGAGAUGCCUGACAAAGGCAAAUAUAUCCAAACUGACCAUGGUUGAGGUGGAUGAUAAGUCAGGCAUUGCUACGCUGACUCUAAACCGACCACCCGUUAACAGCUGCAACUUGGAGCUGUUGUUGGAGCUGAACGAGAACAUUAAGCAGAUCGAGUGUAACAAGAGUCGCGGGCUGAUAUUAACAUCGUCCAACGAAAAGGUUUUCUCCUCUGGAUUGGAUCUCAACGAAUUGUAUAAGCCCGACCAGGCGCGUUUGAGAGCAUUCUGGACAGCACUGCAUGAAAUGUGGCUGUCGUUGUACCAAUGCCGUAUACCCACAGCGGCUGCUAUUAAUGGUCAUGCGAUUGCCGUUGGUUGCGUUUUGUCUGCAGCCUGCGAGUAUCGCGUCAUGUUGCCCGGCUUCAGCAUUGGCAUCCAUGCGACCAAGUUCGGCUACGUAGUGCCACAUUUUAUUAUGAUUUCCUAUUUAAGUGUAUUGCCACGACGCCUAGUUGAACGAGCGCUGCUCCAGGGCAAGCUCUUUAGCACCGAGGAAGCUCUGCAAGUGAAUCUAGUCGAUGAAGUGGCCGACAGCAAGGCGGAAGCGUUAUGCAAAUGUGCCGAAUUCAUUGACAGCUUUAAGCAAACACAGCCCGCGGCUCGGGCACUGACCAAGCGACAGUUUCGUGCGCCAGACGUGCAGGUGUUGAUAGACGACCCUGAAGGUCAAUUACGCGAAGCCUUGGACUAUAUAAACAAGCCAUCGUUUCAAGAGGGCUUAGGAGAGUACCUUCGCAACCUGAAGGCCAAGGACAAGCACUGACAAUUGUGUUCCUUAUGUAACUUACUGUGUUAAUCUAUGCAUUUAAAAGGGU